AUGGAUCCAAUGGUACCUGGAACGCCAGUGGUUUCAAAUGAGCCAAAGAAAAGCCCUGAUACAACGGAUCGCAAGAAGGCCACACAUCUGCGCUGUGAACGACAGCGCAGAGAAGCAAUCAAUAAUGGCUAUCAAGAAUUGAAGGAACUGUUGCCAGCAUCGCUGACAUCCUUAGGUUGUAAAACAACGAAUGCGGCCAUAUUGUUUCGUGCUGCUGAUUAUUUGACACAGCUGAAGGAGGAUCUUGAUAGCAGUGAAGAGACUAUAUCACAGCUUCAUGCACAGGUCUGCAUCACAAUGUCGAUCAUGUCAAUCUUACUCUCAUUUACUCAAAUUGAAACUGCUCGUAUUGUAUCAUUUUUUGUUUCUCACAAACAGUAA